GAGAAUGGCAGGCAAAGUGAAGUGGGUCACCGACAUUGAGAAGUCUGUGCUCAUCAACAACUUCGAGAAGCGAGGAUGGGUGCAGGUGACCGAGAACGAGGACUGGAACCUUUACUGGAUGAGCGUGCAGACCAUCCGGAAUGUGUUCAGUGUAGAGACUGGCUACCGGCUCGCGGACGAUCAGAUCGUCAACCACUUCCCCAACCACUACGAGCUGACACGGAAGGACCUGAUGGUGAAGAACAUCAAGCGGUACAGGAAGGAGCUGGAGAAGGAAGGGAGUCCCCUGGCCGAGAAGGAUGACAACGGGAAGUACCUGUACCUGGACUUCGUGCCGGUCACCUACAUGCUGCCUGCAGACUACAACCUGUUUGUGGAAGAGUUCCGGAAGAGCCCGUCCAGCACAUGGAUCAUGAAGCCGUGUGGCAAGGCACAGGGCAAGGGCAUCUUCCUCAUCAACAAGCUCUCCCAGAUCAAGAAGUGGUCCCGUGACAGCAAGACAUCUUCGUUCGUGUCACAGUCCUCCAAGGAAGCCUACGUCAUCUCCCUGUACAUCAACAACCCACUGCUGAUUGGCGGCAGGAAGUUUGACCUGCGCUUGUAUGUCCUGGUGUCCACAUACCGCCCUCUGCGCUGCUACAUGUAUAAGCUGGGUUUCUGCCGCUUCUGCACGGUCAGGUACACCCCGAGCACCAGCGAGCUGGACAACAUGUUCGUGCACCUCACCAACGUGGCCAUUCAGAAGCAUGGGGAGGACUACAACCACAUCCACGGGGGCAAGUGGACUGUGAGCAACCUGCGGCUGUACCUGGAGAGCACUCGCGGCAGGGAGGUCACCAACAAAUUGUUCGACGAGAUCCACUGGAUCAUUGUGCAGUCCCUGAAGGCCGUGGCGCCGGUGAUGAAUAACGACAAACACUGCUUCGAGUGCUACGGCUAUGACAUCAUCAUCGACGACAGACUCAAGCCCUGGCUCAUCGAGGUGAACGCAUCACCGUCUCUCACCUCCAGCACGGCCAACGACCGCAUCCUCAAGUACAACCUGAUUAACGACACGCUCAACAUCGCCGUCCCCAACGGCGAGAUCCCGGACUGCAAGUGGAACAAGUCCCCCCCGAAAGAAGUCCUGGGCAACUAUGAGAUUCUGUAUGACGAGGAGCUGGCCCAGGGCGACGGGACUGAGCGUGAGCUGAGAACCCGCUCUGGUCAAGCACUGGGGCCCAAGGGGAGCCGGUCACGAGACUCCGGGAGGACCGUCCUCACCACCUGGAAGUGACUGUCUGGGAGGACCACCGACCCCAGCCUCCUUGGUGCUCGCCUCUGCCGGAGCCCUGCUGCGGUGCAGCUACCGUCCCCCGCCCUGCAGCUCGCUGCCUUCCCCUGGCUCGCAGUGAAUAAAGGUGCCCCUUUGGAA